AUGAGUGUCUGGUUCGCACAGUCCACUGGUAUUCUUAUUUUGAUUAGAUUUCAAGAUGAAGGUUGUCCAAAUUGUGUUGAUUUAUUAGAUGUUGGUCUUUCUACUACAUCACCUACAUUUGAAGGUCUUGUUGCUAUAGGUGAACCUGAUAAAUCUUGGGUUGCUAAAUGGUUAAGAGUUAAUACUUAUUUACCUGGAUUAUAUGCUGUUAAAGUUAUGGGUAGAUUACCUCAAGAUAUUGUUGAAACUUUACCUUAUUAUAGACCAAGAGAUGGUACUGCUACAGAUUGA